AUGUCUCCCUCAAAGCCCAAAGAGCUGCCAUCAUCUUUCAGCAGACCCAAUCUUAUUGAAGUUUUUUAUUGGCGGCCGGGGUUUAUCGAUCGGUAUCUUAUCAGAGAAUUAAAUAUCCAAGAAUACCAUCAAAUUUCUGACGAAACAUUGCAUCAACUCACCGAAUCUCUAGAAGCACUGAUUGAAUCUGGACAUCCAAAAGUAGAAGGUUGGGAUCUUGAUUUUUCAAGUGGAGUUUUAACCUUCUCAAUGGGAGAGGCAGGAACUUAUGUAAUAAACAAACAACCACCAAGUAAACAAAUUUGGUUCUCUUCACCAAUCUCUGGUCCUAAAAGGUUUGAUUAUGAUAGAGAAUUGAAGAUUUGGUUUUAUGCUAGAGAUGAUGGUCGUAUGAUGGAUUUAAUUCGUGAUGAAAUAUCAAACGCGUUGGGUGAUGAUCAUUUUGUAAAGAUAUUGGAUCAUCGUCCCAAAGACGAGAAAUGA